CCAUACCACUUCCUGUCUGUUUGAAAUAGGCCUCACCCAUAUUAGAGUUCUUGUUUUUGUUUUUAGCUGAUUUAAAAAGAUGGUUGGUUGUUUUGUAGAAGUAAAUCGAUUCUUGUAGGGAAGGUGACUGGACCAUUUGGACGGCGUUUCGUCUACCGCCACACUGAUAAGAAGUAAGAUUUCUCCAGACGUGUGGCGAGAGCUGAGUCAAAAGAAUGACAGACUGUGGAGCUGAAGAGAAAAAGGACGAACUCAGCGAUCGUCAGGCCCAGGGAGCAGAGAGGAGAAUGAUCAUUCAACCGACAUCUUUAGACGACCCCAAACUCAACAAACUUAAAGAGGUUUUGGUGGACUGGAUCAACAAAACCCUGCAAAUUGAACAUAUUGUGGUGCGAUCGCUGGAGGAAGACCUGUAUGACGGACUCGUCCUUCAUCACCUGUUACGCAGGUUAGCAGGUGUUCAUUUACAUGUAGAGGAGAUUGCGUUGAGUACUGAUGUCCAGCUACGGAAACUAGAUGCCAUCCUGACAGCUGUGAACGAGACCUUCGAGCUUAAUGAGGAAACGGCCAAAUGGAACGUUAAACUCAUUCACAGCAGGGACCUGUUGGCUACAUUACAUCUUCUGGUUGCUAUUGUGAGGCGUUUCCAACCCGAUCUGGUCCUUCCUGUAAACGUCAGCGUGGAGAUCAUUCAGUGUGAGGUCACGAAAAGUGGCAUCAAGGCAGACAAGCAGACCGAAUUCAUCACAUUUCAAAGUAAUUCCAGUGAAGAGCUUGAGAGAGAAUCUAACAAGGAAUGUCCCAUUGAUGAGCUCUUCAAGCUGGAGGCUCACAAAAUUGAGACCGUGAAAAAGGCCAUUUUGCACUUUGUGAAUAAGAACAUGUUAUCUCUGGGACUGAGCGUGACAGACAUUGACAAACAGUUUGCAGACGGAGUGAUUCUGCUCUUGUUGGUCGGGCAGUUGGAGGGCUUCUUCAUUCCACUGUGCGAUUUCUUCCUUUGUCCUGUCGGGAGCUUGGAAAUGCUCCAUAAUGUGACGCUUGCAUUGGAUCUUCUCAUAGACCGAGGGCUUCCGGUUCAGUCCAUUGACCCUCAAGACAUUGUUUCCCAAGAUGUUCCAGCCACUGUGAAAGUGCUGUAUCACUUAUUCAGGAGGCACAAAUACAAAUAAUCUAUAGCCACUCCCAAACUUUCAAUUCAAUAAAACCUUCCAUGAUGUUUUAAUAACCAAAUUAACUGUACAUUUGUGACUUUCUUCUUACAAAAAAUCAGAGGCACGGAGUUGACAGUCAGAUUACUUUGGCACUCAGAGUGUUAGAACACAUUAGAAGCAAUUGUACAGAGUGUCUCUGAACCAUUUGAAGAGGCUUCAGAGCAGAAACGAGAGAACAUGGCCACUCAUCUCAUCGUGGAAAUUGCAUUUGGAUGCCGACAGCUUCAAUUUAAUUUCACCUUUUCACUCUUCCACUUUACGUGUUUUUUUUUCUCCUUUUGGACAAAUGCGCAUUAGUCUUAAUGUAUCGCUCAGCAUUUUCUGCUGACUUGCAGCUUGUUCAAAUAAAAGUGGCACAUAUAACA